AUGUCUGAAUCAUCUUCACUAUAUACAGAUAUUAUCCAAGAUUAUCAAUUGUCAUUGAAGGAUGGUAAUUGGAUAUCUGGAAACAAAAGCUUAAUUAAUUAUUUUAAUAUUUUAUAUGAUAUAUUUUUAAUACAUCCGAUUUCAUUUAAAGAUGCAUCGAAUUCAUAUCAAGUUUGUUGUAUGAAUUCUGAAUGUAAUUUCAAUUUGAAUUAUGACCCUUUCAGUGGUUUAAAACUUAAUUUUCAACACAAUCAUGAUGAAUUUAUUAAUUCAGAAGAAGAAGUACUUUUGAAAAGACUUUCAUUAGAAGUUAUUCGUAUGGGCACAAAUGACUUUGAAUUUACCAAAAUUUGUAACAAAUAUUUAGAAACAAAUUAUACGAAUCUGAGAGAUUUAAUAAAGAAAAUUUUGAACGAAUGUACAAUUUUUCAAUCAAAUAUCCAUAGAUUGAAUACCAGAUUUGAUAAAAUCAAAGAUUUUUGUGAACGUUAUGAAGAUACUUAUUUUAAAUUUUUUGAAGAAAUUGUAUCAGAAGAUUUAUAUAUAUUACCCAUACAAAACACUUGUAUGACUACAAAAAAUUUUUAUCAAACUUUGAUUAUAUAUCAAGUGUUAGAUAAACCAAGAAUUUGUGGAUUUAUCAUAAUAAAUAAUACCAAUCAAAUUAAAUCAAUUUUAGAAUCACAAAAUCUUUUAAAGAAAAAAUUUAUACUUGAAUUAAAUCCAGAAUUAAUAAAUCUAUUCAACAACAACGAAUUAAAUUUCAAUAUUAGUAAAGAAUUCAUAAAAUCUUUAUUGAAAAAAUUGGAUUUGAGUUAUGAAAAUCUUAAUGAUAUUAAAGAAGAUAGUUUACCAGAUAAAUACAAAUUUUUACAUCACAUAAUUAAUGAUUAUUCAUUAAAAGAUGUAUUUCAUCCCCAAAUUAUUGCUUCAAUAAGAGUCUUUCUAUACAGUUCUAGGAAUGAUAUAAUUACAAACGUCAAAAAAAUUAAGGAUUUAUAUGAUCAUCAAGAUAAUAUUGAGGGUAGUAACCUAUCAGAAAGCUCAUUUGUGGAAUUAUUGUCACAAUUUGAUUUAAUUUCUGAAAUUCAGCAAGAAAAAUUUAGAUUAUUGAAUGAAAAGCAAAAAGUCUUUAAGAUUUGCAAAAACAUAAUGUUAAAAUGUGAAAAAUCUGGAUCAAAUCAAUUAAUUCAUGACUUCUUAAUGAUUUUAGAACCAUUUCAAUAUAUAUUAGGACAAGAAGAAGAAGAAUAUGUUUGA